AUGCAGACUCCCAGCGGAUUGGGAAGCGUGUCAGUUGGAGUAAGAGGGAAGGAUAUUGUUGUUCUUGGUGUGGAAAAGAAGUCUGUGGCAAAACUUCAGGAUGAAAGAACUGUACGGAAGAUCUGUGCUCUCGAUGACAAUGUCUGCAUGGCUUUUGCAGGGCUGACAGCUGAUGCUAGAAUAGUUAUAAAUAGAGCUCGUGUGGAGUGUCAAAGCCACAGACUUACAGUGGAGGAUCCUGUCACCGUGGAGUACAUCACGCGUUACAUUGCUAGUCUGAAACAGAGAUACACACAAAGCAACGGUCGCAGACCUUUUGGUAUCUCUGCUCUUAUCGUGGGAUUUGACUUUGAUGGAACCCCCCGGCUGUACCAGACCGAUCCUUCUGGUACAUACCAUGCUUGGAAGGCUAACGCCAUUGGCAGAGGAGCCAAAUCUGUGCGUGAAUUUCUGGAGAAAAACUAUACUGACGAAGCCAUUGAAACAGAUGAUCUAACUAUUAAACUUGUCAUCAAGGCUCUUCUUGAGAUCCUAAAUCCUGAAGAGAUUGAGAAGUACGUUGCUGAAAUUGAAAAAGAAAAGGAAGAAAAUGAAAAGAAAAAACAGAAGAAAACAUCAUGAUGAAUGAAAUUAAACUGCUUAGCUCCUUCUUUUUAAUUCAAGUGAUGGGUUAUUCUGUAUAGACAACAUGUAGGCAUUCCACUUACUCAUACUGUGCUCUCGAGACCUACAAUAAACCUACUGACUUUUUUUUUAAGCUGUUAUUUUAAAAAAAAUCUGUCUGUUCCUUGGAUUUUAAUAACCUAGGAUUAUUUGGCUGGCUACAAACCAGCAGUAGUGACCCAUUAAAGGAUAAAGACUUUGUUUGCAUUUUUCUCCUCA